AUGCCUCCGAAAAAGACGACCGCGGCCUCGAAAAAGAAACAAACGGCUCCUAAGCGAAAACGGGGCACGGCUAAUGAGGGGACAUCGAAUGCUCUAGUUGAGAAUGUUACGGAGGAUGUCUCGGCAGACCAAACCGGUUCCGACGACAAUAACGACACCGAAAUUAUACCGUUGGUAUGGACCAAACCUUUCCUCAUAACCGGACGACGUGAGGCCGCUAUCUUCUCGAAACUAGAAAAGGAGACGGUCCGACCUCCCCGAUAUGUUGAUUCCGUUGUUCUAUCGGAUCUUCAAAUUUAUGCGCGGGUCAAAAGUUUGUUGAAGAAUCUCAACUUGUUGAAAUAUGCCGGAGUUCAAGCCAAUGCUCACGUGAAACUGUGUAGGGAAUUCUACACCACUUUCAAAGUCGAAGACAAGGGCACUAUCGUACGGUGCCGUUUGAAUAACGAGCCGGUGGACGUAACUUCCGAAUUGAUGGAAGAGCUUUUUGGGCUCUCUUUCGAGGGACCAACUUCCGUGCCAAAAGAGUUUGACACGGCGUCCGCUUGGUUAGAGAUAAAAAUGGCCCAAGUCGUCAACGCAAAGCAUUUCAAGCCCGUCUUCGGCCACAUGAUUACGGUUCUCGGUGCUUAUUUCGACGCCCCAUUAGAGGGAGAGGUUGUCGAAAAACGGGCGAUAACGGCACGUGAGUUACUCCAAGUGGACCUUGCUAUCGAUCGCCAUGAAAUUAAGCCACAUCACGACCGGAAAUGCGUCAAAGCUUAUAUCAAACGGGUGGAAGAAUACCAAAAGGGCAAAGUGGUUACAAACGCCGAACGCAUUGACCGUGAAGUACUUCUCUCCUCCGAACCCCACCAAGAAGCAACCGAGCAACAAGAGCCGACCGCCGAUCAACCGGCCGAUGUUACCAUAGGCCACCCUAAUUCCGAGGAGAUACCUCAUCCGGUAGAGCACCUCAGAACUUCCUCGACCACUCCAUGUCCCACACAUCCGACCGGACCUUCCACGACCUCCGACUAUGGCAAUCAUCCGUGGGCCGCGAUAGCUUCUCAAAUAGCGAGCCUUGAUCUCCGCAUGAUGGAUCGCUUAGAUGGGAUGUGGCGGCACAUGCGCUCGAUGGACAACCGUUUAGACGGGAUGAACUUAAACAACACAUGCACUAACUUCUUCAUAUCCUGCAUCAUCCUCCUAUCCAAACAAUCCUGGGCUGCUCACUAUCAGUACGAGGCAUGCGGGCCCAUAAAUUGCGGCGACGGCCCGAACGUGAGCUUCCCGUUCUAUAUCCCGGGCCGCCAAGAAUCCUACUGUGGGUACCCCGGGUUCGAGCUAAACUGCAGCCGAGAGGGCCUCCCUGUCCUUCAAUUGCCCGGUAACGAUUACAUUUUGGACCGAAUUUUCUACCGAAAUCGCUCGCUCCAUGCAUAUAACAGCGCCGUUUCGAUGCCCGAAAGCAGCAUCUGUUGCCUGAGAAUCGAGAACACGACUCUCCCCCCGGCCCGAUUCGAUUACGUUGGUGCUAGGGACCUUUAUCUGUUUUCGGGCUGCCGUAGGCCCGUGCCGGAGGGUUUGGUGAGGUACAGCGUUGAUAGUGGCUGCGGAGGAGGGCACAUUUGGGAUUUGGCCAUUUAUGAAGGGGAUUCCAAUUUGGGGACUGCUUUGGAGGCUUGUGAGAGGAACGUGGUUGCCCCUGUGGGAGUGGGAGGGGAGAAUGGCUAUGGCGAGGGUACAAAUGGAAUUUCGAAUAUUCCGGCAAUGUUGAGGAGCGGAUUUGUGCUGAACUGGACGGCGAGCGACUGCAACGAUUGUGCGGAUAGCGGCGGCCAUUGUGGGUUCAAUGCCACCAAUUUCCAUUUUAGGUGCUUUUGUCCUGAUAGGCCUCAUUCCAGGAGUUGCAAGCCUGAUGAAUAUGAUAAUCGAAGAAAGGUGCUGACAAUAUCUAUUGCUUCUGGAGGAGGAUUCUUACUCGUUAUGAGCUUUGCGGUCUAUAUAUUAUGCCAACGCAAGAAGAGGGUAAAGGAGAACUACCUCUUCUCGAGGAGUUUAUCUUUCGAUCCAUCCUCUAAAGCAGACAUCGAGGGCGGCGGAAGCUUCUACUUUGGGAUCCCAAUUUUCUCCUACAAAGAACUUGAGGAAGCCACCAAUAAAUUUGAUCCGUCCAAGGAACUCGGUGACGGUGGUUUUGGCACUGUAUACUAUGGCAAGCUGCACGACGGGAGAGAAGUGGCCAUAAAGCGGCUGUAUGAGAACAACUACCGUCGGGUCCAGCAGUUCAUGAACGAGAUAAAAAUCCUGACGACUCUCCGCCACCAAAACCUCGUCUCCCUCUACGGCUGCACCUCCCGCCGCAGCCGAGAGCUCCUCCUCGUCUACGAGUACGUCCCCAACGCCACACUCGCCGACCACCUCCACGGAGACCGGGCCCUCGAGGCCCGCCUCCCUUGGCCCUCGCGCAUGCGCAUAGCACUAGAAACCGCCGGCGCCCUCUCCUACCUCCACAAAUCGGACAUCAUCCACCGAGACGUCAAGACCAACAACAUCCUCCUCGACGACUCCUUCCACGUGAAGGUUGCGGAUUUCGGGCUCUCGCGCCUCUUCCCCAAUGAUGUAACCCACGUCUCGACGGCCCCACAGGGGACUCCCGGGUACGUGGAUCCGGAGUACCAUCAGUACUACCAGCUCACCGACAAGAGCGAUGUGUACAGCUUUGGGGUCGUCUUGAUCGAGCUCAUAUCUUCAAUGCCACCUGUCGACAUCACCAGGCACAGGCACGACAUCAACCUUGCGAAUCUGGCGCUGAAUAGGAUAAAGAGGUGCGCGUUUGACGAGCUCAUCGACCCGAAGCUCGGGUACGGGACGGAUGCGGAGGUGACGAGGAUGACGACGUCGGUGGCUGAGCUGGCGUUCAGGUGCCUCCAGCCGGAUAAGGAGAUGCGGCCGUGUAUGGAUGAGGUUGUUGGGUUUUUGAGGGAGGUGGCGAGUGGCAUUGAUUUGGGGAAGGUGCCCCCUUCGCCGGAAACUGAUGAGUCCGUGUUGCUCAAGGCGAAGAAAUUGCGGGCCUCGCCGAAUGGGGUUAUGGAUGCUUGGGCGAGCAGCAGCUCCACCACUUCCACUUCUGUUUCUUGA